ACAUAUAAAUAAUAAAUACUUAUUGUGGUUAUGUAGAAUCUUUUAAAAUAUGAAUAUUCAAAAACAUAAAGUCGCUUCAAUACUCAAUCAGUAAAACCUUGCGGUGAGGAUGACCAGGAAUCGAACCCUAGACCUUGAAAAGUGGAAACUACAGUGAGCGUCAUAAGCCACCAUAUCUUAAAAGUUUCGGAAACUAAUUCAAAGUUUAGCGCUCAAAAGCUACUUUGUUGCAUCGACCAAUAGAAAUGCUUCAUUAUAAUCAUUAUCAAUGUUUUUUCAUAAUUUCAUAGAAGGUCGGCGCUUUGCUUGAAUUGUUUAAUUAUUUAUUUGCUAACAAAAAACUAAUUAUAAUAAUUUAACUUGGUACCAGAAAUAAAAGAAAAUCACUUCAUACAAGAGUGAGUUAACAUCCCACUUCCGGAAUUUUAAGACAAAGUAAUGUAGACUCCUCAAUAGUGCAAAACUAAAAUUAAGGAGUAAAAUGCAAUAUUAUAAUUAAAUAUAAUAUAUAAACAAAAUAAAUUAAUUUUUUAUCAUGUAAAAUUAAAGUACAUUAUCGCAGAAAUCUUAAAAAUAGUUCAUAAACGAAUGUAGACUUCCGGAAAAUUUUAAACUUAGACCGACUACGUCACAUCCAUAGCGGCGCCGGUUUGUCGGCAAAUCGCAAAGGUAUAAAGGGAGCCGCCACUUUGAAAAGCCGCCUUUUCUCUAACCGAAACUCAAGCUGUUCGUAUCGGCAAGACUGUUUUAUUUAGUGAAAAUCUCGUAAAAAUGGUGGAACCGAGCAAGGAUUUGACUUAUAAGCUGCUGGAUUUGAUCCAGAAGACAGGAUACCCUAUUAUCCAGCACAAUGGACAGCGCAAGUUCGGGCCGCCCCCGGAGUGGACUGGGCCCCCUCCGCAAAAAGGCUGCGAGGUUUUCAUCGGCAAGCUGCCUCGGGAGAUCUUCGAAGACGAGCUGGUGCCGAUAUUCUCUCGCAUGGGCAAGAUAUACGAGAUGCGGCUCAUGAUGGACUUCUCUGGCUCCAACCGAGGGUACGCCUUCGUGACGUACACCAACAAAGCGGACGCGACGGCCGCCGUGAAGCAGCUGAACGGCUUCGAGAUCCGUCCGGGCCGGAACAUCGGGGUGGUCAAAUCCGUCGACAACUGCCGGCUCUUCGUCGGCGGCGUCCCGAAGAACAAAUCCAGGGAAGAGGUUCUGGAAGAGCUGUCGGCUCACGUGUCGGGGAUAGUGGAUGUGAUUCUUUACACGAACUGCUUCGACCGGCGGCUGAACCGAGGGUUUGCGUUCGUGGAGUUCACGAGCCACCGCGCGGCGGCGAUGGCGCGGCGCUCGCUGGUGCCGGGCUGCGUCAAGCUGUGGGACCAGGACGUCAUGGUGGACUGGGCCGAGCCGGAGCCGGACAUCGACGAUGACCAAAUGAAGAAGGUGAAAGUACUGUAUGUACGGAACUUUCUGAUUCGCACAACACCAGAAGCAAUCCAGACUUUGUUUGAGAAAGCUGUGAAUCAUAAGAUUGAGAGGGUUAAGAAAAUCUAUGACUAUGCUUUCAUACAUUUUUAUGACCGUGCCCAUGCUGAGCUUGCAAUGAGUAAAUUACAAAAUGCAGAAGUAGAUGGUGUAAAUAUUGAAAUAAAAUGGGCUAAGCCAGUUGACAGGGAACUGUAUAGAAUUCAGAAAAUGAAUAAAGGCAAUGCGAAGUUUAACACUGGCUUGGAUUUGUCUCAAACUCUGCUUUUGUACAAACAGCACUUGGAGAAGAGGGAAUAUGCUAACUCUCCGAAGGAAGAUGAAGGGAUUAGUUCAGGCUGUGCUGGGGAAUCUCCCUGUGGAUCCAUGAUUGAUGAGAAGCCCCUGGACAUCCAGUUCUCUGGACUGAAGUUGGACUAUACCAUGGCUCCUGCUAAACUAGACUCUAUGUGCAAAAGAUAUGUCUGGGCACCACCAGUAUAUGAAUACCAGAAGUUCCUCAGCUCUAAUGGGACUGAAUCUUGGGUGUGCAGAGUGGAGUUGCCUCACGUUGGGUUGCCGCUGCUGACCACGCCGCGUCGCAUUGGACCGCUGGUCACUGGACAGUGUCAGACCAAACAUGCUGCGUAUGUUGAGGCCGCUGAACAUGCCCUGCAUUGUAUUAAGAUACUACGAGCCGAUCUGAUCCAGCGGUCGACGCCAGGCUACGCGGCGGCGCCGUCACCCGCGCUACCGCAGAUGCAGCCCAUGUACCCGACAGUGCUGCCCCCUAUGGCCAUCAGCCUCCCGUAUGACUACCACCACUCCAUGUACUCCAGGCCACCGCCGACCCCCAUGCCCAUGACUUUGCCUGCCAUCUGGCGGACGGCGUGAAAAGGUUAAUUUUAAGUUAUUUUUUAAGUUGGUAGUGGUUAGUUCAACUUGAUCCACCAUGUCAUAUAUUUUUAAAAAGUUUUUUCAGUUUUUAGUUUUUUUUUAAUAAUAAUAUCGGCACUUUGGGAUUACAGUUGAACUGUUAGGUAGUUUGAGCUAUCCUCUGUUAAAAUUUGUUACUAUUCCUGAGUGAAUAGCAAUGAAUUUUGAAUAUUGAAGCUAAGUAAGGACUUUGUCUGGUUGCAAUAGCCUUAUUCAAUUUUGAGGAUUGUUUUAAAGUUAUUGUUUGUUUGCAUAUAGUUUUAUUGCACUGAAGGUGCUGUUAUGUAUUUUAGAGUAUAAAUUUUUGUUACUUACGGAUUUACUUUUUCUCUAAUGUUAUUUGGACCAAGACUGUUUAUUGUUGACACCUUAUAAGACGCUCAAAUUAAAGUUAUCUAUUAGUUUCAGAAAAGUAUUUAUUUUUUAAGUACGAAACAAAAUGGUUACUUUGCUAUUUUUUUAAGUUUUCUUAGUACUUUGUAGGUUUUUAUAAGGUACUAUGUCUAAGAUGUGAUCAUUAAAUUUUGCUUGUUAUAGAAAUUUAUGAAUGGCCAUUCAUAGAUGUCUUUUAUGGUUUAAAAUUCCAUUGCGAUUUAUUUAGAAAUAACUUGAAUAUGAAGCUUUAUGGUUUUUACAGUGAUCACAAUUUAGACAUGAAUUUUUGUUACAUUUUGUAGAACUGUUAGAACUUUUUAGAAUAAGAAUUGCGAACAUAGUGCUGUAUUUACUGCUAGAGUAAAGUUGCACCCUUGACGCGGUGUCUUGCUUGUGCUUAUACUAAGUAUAUUCAGAGAUAAGGCACCGAUAUAUUUUGACUCUCCUUGAUGAUUAUUUGACAAAAUAUUCAAAUAGUUCUAACAGAUUUGUGACCUAGAUACUAAGACUAAGCAAGUUAUUAUCUCUUUAUUUAUUUAAUCAAUAAACAUAACACGUAAAU